AUGUCUUUAUUCUCGAAAUUGGGACCUCAAGGAAGAGCGUUGAUGGGCCCUACAGGUAGUGGUUCUUCCUUUGAGUCAUAUGCCGGCAGGAAGGUGGAGGAAGGCCCUCAGGAACUUGACUAUCUCAUUAAUGAUCUCAGAAACCUGCUGCAAUCCAUGUCUGUGAACAAAGUUUUAGGAUAUAUGUACCAUUAUUUGCCUUUUGUCAAAGUUGAGCAUAACCUCCGUCUUGUGUUUGCAAGCUUCUUGAACAAUCCGACGUGUUUUACUCCAGGCGGUGCUUCGUUUGAAUCAAACUACCAAAUCAUCGAAGCGUUCAAAGCCAUUACCGAUAAAAAAUUAUCUGUAUCACAGCCCACAAUUCCCGUUAAGACAUGGUACACGGUUCUAUUUCAGGAACUAGAUCACUUUGUGGCAUACGACAUUCAUCGUAAUAGCUGGAAGGUGUUGCCUAUAUUAUCGGGGAUUCUAUUGUCGAAUAGCUUGAGAGACGACUUGUACAGCAACCCCAAUAUGAUCGAGUUUGGGUGGUUUUUUGGAGACUGGGACUCCAAAGCUCAUGAUUUGUUCGUAAAGGCGUUGGGUAAUACGUUGGCAGCUUACAAUUCUGAUGACAUUAUAAACUUGAGCUUAUUGAGUUUAGCAGUCACAUACAAAAGGGACCAGGACAUAACCUCCUACACACCCCUGGUUCUGGUAUCUUUCUUGAUCACUAGAUUGAUCCAAUUGAUAUUUGCCAACACCUCUUAUAGUUUACAGGUCUACGAGAAGUUCUUUGCAUUCGACAUAAAUGCUGCAAAUUUGCAUGAUACACUCAAUAGUGAAGUCAUGAACAAACCUGUGGUGAAACAUUUGAAUAGGCUUUCGUUCUUGUUAGAGAGCUACUAUAGAGUCUUGCCCAUCAACAAGACUGGCUUUGACUUGAUAAUGGAUGGGUUAUCGAAGAUCAAGUUGUUCAAUGCAUCACUUUGCACCAGAACUCAAGACUCCGUAUUUAACCACCCUAAUAGCAUCAAGGACCAGUCAGUAUUACAUCAGCAGUUCUGGUUUUUCAUGAAAAAUAUCUUCUUUUCGGAGUGCAUUAUUGUUCAAGGGAUCAUGACAAGAUUCUUACUGGUGAAUCAAUCCAAAGGGUUCUCAAUAUUCUCCAUCUUCAAGGAAACCUAUAAUAUCGAGCUGGAGUACCGGUUCAUAGCUUUGAAGGUGGUCGAGCUGUUCUAUCACUUGAACCAUAUUCUUGUCAAUAUUGGACAAGGGGGCUUUGAUAGCUUCAACUUUGUCUACUAUUUGUCACUUGAGUUGAUAUUUGGAGCUCAACCACUGAUUGUUGAGCUCGAAAAACUAUCAAUGUUUCUUCUUGGUUACCCAAAUGUCAACUUGAAUGCUGAUGUGAUCAACUUCAAUCCUAUAAACAGAGGUAGGGUAUUGUUUGUAAUGGGUUUAUGGGAAAACUAUUUGCAGAAAAACAGUUUCAACAACGACUACAUCAAGAGGAAUAUUUUCCCCAUCUGUUUCGAUGUAGUCAAUAAUCGUGGUAUCCAGGCCUACGAAAUAAUCGAAGCUGCGCACUCCGUCCUUUUGUUGUGUUUCUCCAACAAAAGGGUCAAUAAGAACUUGAAGGAACUUAUGGAGUACAUUGAGUUGAUUGUCAAUCAAUUCCCUCGUAUCCUCUCCGCCCAGCAAUUGAGUAUCGCGGUCGAGUCCUUGGGGAAACAGAUUUUGUCCAACCCGAUGGUCUACGAGGGAUCUAUGUACGCUAAUUCAGCAGAUGAAUUCUUGGAGUUCAUCAACUUCAAGUGCUUGAACACCAAGAGUGGAAUACCCAUUAGUAUCAAGGCCAGUGAUCUGAUGUUCACAUCAGCACAGCCAAUUGGUGAAAUACAUGCCGAAUCCACUAUGAAGAGCUUGGAGACCAAGAAACAGAACAUUAAUAUCGUUGCUGAAAAUAAGAUAAAGAAGCCUAAGGACCUCGUACCUCUUGGUAUGCUACCAGAAGCUACAGUGGCCCCCACAGAGUAUAAUUUCGCCAAAAGAUUGGUGCCAGAAACAUCUAGAGAAGCAAUGGUUCUUUCUUUCGUCAAUUUGGUUCCUUACUUGCCCUUAUCGGUAUUUCUCAGGUGGCUAGAGAAGAUCUUUUUUGUCAUUGAGUCAAGUAAUCACCUGGAAAAAACAUACCUUAUACUGAUGUUCUGGAAAGUUUUAAGUGAAAACUUGGAUUUGAAUAGGUGUGAGUUGGCGUACAGGUGGUGGUACGAAACCAAGAAAGCGGUUGCCAAAAACAUUGGUCAAGAAGUAUCUCGUCUAUAG